CUAAAUUAUCAUUCCUUCCCCCACCCCAUAGACUGCUCCUGUUGUUAUCACCGGCUACUCCAGGUUGUCUAGAGUUAUGGCGAAGGAUUAUGUCCUGUUAGCUGUUGUUUCUUUGUUAUCUGUCGCCCAGCAGGCAUAUUUUGCCAAGCAAGUAGGAAGUGCCAGGAAGAAGUAUAAAAUCACUCCACCAUCAGUUACAGGAUCUCCUGAUUUUGAAAGAAUAUUUCGUGCACAGCAGAACUCUGUUGAAUUCUAUCCCGUGUUCCUGGUUGUAUUUUGGACUUCUGGGUUGUUCUUUAAUCAAGAAAUUACCUCCAUCUUAGGUCUUGUCUACCUGUUUAGUCGACACAUAUACUUUACUGGAUAUGCAGAGUCAAUGAAGGGAAGGAUUCCUGGAUUCAAAAUUGGCAUCGCAGUGUUGUUCCUACUAUUCGGUCUUAGUUUUGCCGCAAUUACAACUUACAUGAUUGAUGAGUAUUUUGAUUUCAACACAUCUAAAAGGAUUAGCAAAUUGUUUUCAUAAUGUGAAAGCUGUUGACUACAAGUGAUGAAUAUUGAAUUUUCUGUGCUUUAAAAAUGAUUACUGUGAAGACAUUUUCUUGUUCUGUGAUUUUAUGUGUGAGAUUUCAACCUGAUAAAAUAAAAACAGCAUUUUUCACAUCA